AUGAAUUACGCGUUCCGUCUGUUUAGGUACCGGACGAGCGGCGUCGUCGAAAUCACUGUCCUUAGAAAGGCGGCGGCCGGCGGAAUUGGAGGAGGAAGCGGUGCCGGAGGCGGCGUUUUUUGGCCCCGUCCGCCUAGAGUGAGUCAGCGCAAAGCUCGCUGUGGCGACGGCAGCGGGAGCAGGUACGAGGACGCCCGCAGCUCGCGAGAAGUAGAGCCGUUGCCCGCGCCUGGCGAUGCUUGGCCACGACCGCCGCCGCCGUGGCUGCUGGGAGAGCCGGCUCUGCCCACGGCGGGCAGUGUCCGCGCCGCUGUCGCUGCCCCUGUCCCUCCUGGAAGAGGGCGGCGGCCGGCCAGAAGACGGAUGCGCAGCCAGCCACCAGCCACGCGACGUGUCUGGGAGAGGCCGGCGGCGGCAGAUGCUGGGAGCGCGCACGCAGACACGCGCCGCGGCGUGCGUGCCUCGGCGUACCCCGCCCCCUCCCUUCGCCCUCUUCCCCUCCCCAGGCAGCACGCUUUAAAUCAGGUGGAGCGCGCACGCACCUGCGUCUCGCACCUGGCCCCCAGCGCUUUCGGCUCGCCGGACGCACCCGCCGCCUAA